AGAAGGGACGAGGCAGGUCAGAGCUCUCGGUCGGACUUUUUUUCAAGCUCUAAGACUGAGUCCAACAAAGGAUCCAAAUCCAACUUAAACCCAAAAUAGGUUGUAAAUAGACACGAUUUGUGAUCCAUAUUUUCUCCAACAGACCACCUAAAGCCGGACCCUAUUCUGGGCUUUCACCCGUGCAUGACCCAUAUAUCGGGACUCUGCGACACAAAUCGGUCCCGCGGUACCAACGGCGAUACUCGAAACAACGGAAAGGGACGGAACGAAGGAUAGAAAAAAAAGAAGCGGCGGCGGCGACAAGAGUCGAGGGCCGCUACAACCUAGGUACACGCCGCCGGCACCAAGGAUGGAGAAUGGGCAGCUGUCAAAUGAAUGGGCUGAAGAACAGAACGAACAAUACUUGCAUGAUGAUUGGGCUGACAGCUUAGGUGUUUUCAUUGAGAAUCCAGAAUAUGCGAACACAUUUGAGUAUUCUCGACAGGACGACACGUCCUCUCAGCAAACGUUUCCAUCCCACGAGAAAGCAAAAGGUAAAGAACAGAAGAAACUAAGAAAGCAGAAAAAUGUUGCCCAUAGAGGGUCUGCCUUUACCAAGGAGGAGGAUGCUGUGAUUUGCUCGGCCUUUCUCCAUGUCAGUAAGGAUCCCAUUGCAGGAGUUAAUCAAAGUGCAUGUGCUUACUACAAAAGAAUGUAUGAUUUUUUCUGUGAGAACAAACCAGAACGCUCAACAAGAAGUCAGAUUGGCAUAAAAAAAGGUGGCAACUUAUCCAAAAGGCAGUUAGUAAGUUUUCUGCAUUCAAAUCGAAAGUUGAUAGGCGAAAUGAAAGUGGCAAAAAAUGAACAGGAUAGGAUCGAUGAUGUUGUGAAGAUGUACGAGGAGAAGGAAGCUUUCCAAUUCUUGCACUGUUGGAAGCUGCUACAUAAUGAGCCCAAGUGGAAUGAUAAAGUGCUAGAGCUAAACAACACUCCGACAAGAAAAACACAACAACCAGAAGGCCCCUGUAAUCCCGUUGGUACACAACCCAACACUGAAAAUGCAGCAAUUACAAGGCCUGAAGGUCGUGAUACUGCAAAAAAAAGAAGGUUCAAAGAAGACACUGCAUCAUCUAGUGCUGCUGUAGAAGUGUUGCAGUAGAUGCAAGAGAGGAAUGAAAAAACAGAAGAGAAGCAAGAUGAACAGAUGCAAGAGAUCCUGACAUUGAAGGGGAAUAAAAUGAGGCUUACUGAGAAGAUGUUUGACUUGCAGAAGCAUGAAAUGGAAGUUAAGAACAAGUUGAAGGAGGAGCAGCUCAGUCUUACCAAGCAGGACAUAGAAGCAAGGGCCAAACAAAGCGAGGCACAACUGCUUACUGCUGAAUUGGGCAUCAUGGGAGCAGACUUAGAUAAACUUUCUCCCAGUGUGAGAGCAUACUACGUCGCCAUGCAGCAGCAAAUCAUGGAGCGUAGAGGCAUCAUCACCCCUCACAACAAUGAUGCGGCAUAGAAGCACUUCUGUAGUACUGCUAUAUGUAUUACUUUCAUAUCCAGACUUGUAUUUGCCUUAAUUUAUUCAGACUGCUUGUAUGUGUUCAUCAAGUUAUUCUACAACUAUCUAUAAUUUUUGCUAUAAUUUAUUCUGUAGUACUGCUAUCGUGAGAGCUAAGACUUGAAUCUAUAAUCUAU